UCCACGAAGAAAUAAGAAGAAGAGAGUCGGGGUUAUGUUGAAAUGAUUGCAAAAAAUAAUUUUUUAUAAAUUAUGAAUAUGGCACUAACAAAAGCAUGUUGGAGACUCUCUGAUAAACUAUUUCUACCCACAACCAAACAGUUUCAAAAAAUUCAUACCACGGGCAUCGUUUCAGCCUGGGCAGACGAGCAAGAAGCUACAAAAAAGUGGCUUAAAUAUAAUGAUAAAAUAUACCCUCCCCAAUCCCCAAAUGAAGAACCAAGACCUGCUUAUGUUUGCCAUCAAAGAACAAAUAUUAAAUACAGUCCCUGGAAAAUGUGGUACAUAGCCAGUUUUAUAAGAGGGAUGCCAGUUGAUGAAGCUAUCAGACAACUGAAGUUUGUUCUGAAAAAGGGGGCCAAGGAUAUCAGAGAAGUGCUGGAAGAAGCUAAGGAAAUUGCUGUGAAAGAACAUAAUGUAGAGUUUCCCAGUAAUAUGUGGGUCGCUGAAUCUUUUGUUGGGAAAGGAGUGGUUAUAAAAGGAAUGCGAAGGCAUGCUCGAAUGAGAUUUGGCAUCAUUAGAUAUUUCCAUAUCCAUUAUUUCGUAAGACUUGAAGAAGGAACACCUCCUGAACAUUACUAUCUGCCUUAUCCCAAGAAACCCCAUGAACAGCUCAGUGACUGGUUAGAAUCGAUGAGAAAACGAAAAAUCAUAAAUUCCUUGUAAUCCUCUAGUUACUCCUAGAAUUAUAACAAUUUCAACAA